AUGGUACUUGUUGAAGGUCUAGAGUUAUUAAAGCCAAGGAUAACUUUAGAAAGUUUGGCAGCUUAUAAUAAUUUUAAAUUUGAUGAACUUCAGCGUUUUAGGCAGAUCUACCAAUUUGAAGUUGAAAAUAUAACUACAGGUGCUGAGCCUUUUUUCGGAGAGAUGCUUACUCUUAAAAAAAUUAAUGUUAGUUUACUGAACAAUGUAUACAAUAUUCUAAUAGCCUAUUAUAAUAAUGCUUAUGAUAUGGAAUUUUUAUCGAUUGCAGAUUCAGUUAAUACUAGAAGUUCUA